AUGAAAGAAUGUUCAUUACAAGGAAAGCAGACGAGUAACAGUUGUUUUAGGAAAGUAACCAAAAUAAGUUUGCAACUUUGCACACAUUAUAGCCACAAAACCAAAUUAGGAACCCUAAUUCAGAAAACCUCUCAGAUUCUUUCAACAUCUAUGGCCGCGCCCGGCCUUCGCAAGACGUACACUAACCGCGUAUUCCACGGCCGCAACCUGCCGAGAUGCGUGACAUAUUCGGGAAGUAGGGCGCCGCGCGUCAGAUCCGCAUCGGCACGAACAGGGACACGCGGCAUUGCCUUCUUGGUUUUCGAGGAUAUCUACGACGUCGAUUCCGCCGUCGAACACCUUUUGUGCGUCAACGUUUCCAACAGAUAUCCGAUCGUCUUUUACUACAGCAGGCGAAGAUGGGCUAGAUAUUUGACCCGAGGAAGAAGGGUCAUCUGGGAAAAGAAAAAUACGGAUAAUUUACUGCCUGCUGAAUCUCAUUUAGAGGCCUUAUCCAUUGGUGGUCCUGUUUGGAUCUGCCCUUGGGCUUGA